AUGCACUCGAGAAUACCACUCUCGAUCGUCUUCUCGGUAGAGGGCAGGCGACACGUCAUCCCGCACCGCACCUUUCGUGUCGCGGCUCAGGCGGCAGACGGAAGCGCUGGCGCGAGGACCGACACCGGCGCUGCGGAGGAGGGUAUCGCCUUCUUCCGGUACUUGGACUCCAAUGACACGCGUAUGCCGUCGCAUCCGCACCUCAGGGCCUACGCCCAUCCGGCAGAGGAGUACGAGACGUACGUCGGGGAGGAGGUUUGGAACGAUGCCGAUGAGGCACCCACAAGCGCAUCGGGGCAGCCACCUGUGCACGAGCCAGGGAAGGCCCAGAGGGGAAGCGCCUCUUGCUGCGCCACAUCGGAGGAUGCCGCGCCGGUGCCGAGCUUCCGCAGCGUGGUGGAAUGGGUGAACAGCGUUUUCGAAGAGGAGGAGUGGGCCUCCGACGGCGUUGUGCUGUGCGGCCGCUAUGUUGUGGCGGAUGACGGCGCAUGGGUGGUACCCUCUCGCUCCCCUACGCUCUACACCACACGCGAAGUGUUCUUGCUGAUGCGCAACUCGAGCAAGUUCCUUCACGACGUGCACGCGCAGGUGAUAGACGUGAGGACCGCGACACAGAGAGGCGCACACGGCGGCUCUUUGACAUUCGAGUUCACGCUUGCCAAGUCCCUUGCUGGAUCUGGUGCGAGUGAGAUACGGGCCAUUCUUCCAUAUCCGCUGCACUUUAGCCCGCAGACGCGCGCCUGGACAGUUGAGGACACUGCCGCAUCCUUGUCCUUCACCGGAAUUGGCCAGCGUGUGACUGACGUGUGCUUUCCUUCGCUGAUGGCGUGGACGGAGACAGAGCAUGAUGAUAAUUUUCGCUUCAUGCAGCGGCGAAUCGAACAGGCUGCGCUGCUGGAGCGUACCUGUGCUGCGGACCCGGGAUUCAUCUCCCGCCUUGUGAGAGGCUUUGAUAAAAGAAAGCACAAGGGGUCCGCCACGGAUGACGUUGGGGGGCAGCGGCAUUCUCAUCCGUGCCUGGCGCUUCUUCUCACGUUGGACUUGCUCUUUGAGAGCCCUUCGCUUCCGAUUUACGUGCUGAGCGCGAAGGCGCGUGUGUUUGAGGUGGCUCCUCGAACUUCGGCGACGUGGGGAGCGAUCAACGGUGCCUCACAGUGGCAUCUGUGGACUCCGCUACUCGUCGACACGGAUGCCACAGGUGCUGACGGUGCUUCCCAUGGCGCUGCCGCUGCUAGUGCGGCUUGCAGAGGCGACGGCAACACCCACGCUACGCCUUUGGGAGAGGACGAAGAGUCGGAGGGGCCGGAAGAGGAAGAGGACGCGGCCACUGGUUCUCUCGACUUUUUCCGCAUGUUCAGAGACAUUGACCACUGGAAUCAGUACGUCAGUGCUAUGGUAGCGCGCCUCCAGCAGAGCCGCGCCGGUGCCAUGGGCCCCGACGACUCCAACAAGCCCUCUCGCGGUGUCCAGCACUACUGUGUGAUUGCAUCCGAAAGUGCGGACCUGGUCGCCUGCGCGGAUACGCUUACAAAGCGUGGGCUUCCGCUGGAGCUGAUGCAUCCGGAGCUGCUGGAGAUGAACGGAGAAGCAGCGGGCUUUCUGAAAAUGCUCAGCGACGGCUUGCUCAAACGACCCGGCGGGGACAAGUGA